AUGACUAUGUUGGUUCUAGAAUAUGCAGAGAAACAUGAUUGGUCGGAACAUCCAUUCGCUCUUCCUGGUGAUAAAUUCAGCUGGAUUGGCUUUGUUUCCGUUGUUGGAGUGACCGCUACAGGUGAAAUUGUUUUGAUGAAUCACUACUCCAACCCGUUUUAUGUUUUCUACUUCCAUCCCGGAAGGAACACUGUCAGACGCCUUGAAGUCCAAGGUUUUGAGCACCAUGGUGGUGGUAGUAGAGUUUACGCCUUUGUAGACCAUGUAGAUGAUCUCACGUUCAGUAUGAAAUCUUGGCAGCUGCCUCAAGAUAUUCCUAGAUUCUAUAUUCCCGAGAUCUAUCCGCAGCUAGUGAAGAUCGUUUUCCUAGACGACGACGUUGUUGUUCAGAAAGAUUUGACUUCACUCUUCUCUUUCGAUCUUCAUGGAGAUGUCAUUGGCGCUGUGGGGACAUGUCUUGAAGCCUUUCACCGUUAUUACAAGUAUCUAAACUUCUCGGACCCGCUCAUCAGCUCAAAGUUUGAUCCACAAGCAUGUGGAUGGGCCUCUUGUAUGAACGUUUUCGAUCUUAUAGCGUGGAGGAAUGCGAAUGUGACUGCUCGGUACCAUUACUGGCAUGAACAGAACAGAGGGAGAACGCUUAGGAAACUAGGGACUAUCCCUCCAGGCAGAGCCAAGUACCAAUACCAUACAUAA